AUCGAAGGAUGAUCCAUUCCUGCUCUACGCCACCCUGAACUCAGGCAAUCACUGCAAGUUUAUCACGAAAGAUCUGAUGCGGGACCACAAGGCCUGCCUACCUGAUGCGCAUACCCGGCACCUCUUCUUUAAGUGGCAGCAGGGACAUCAGCUGACAAUCAUGAAUUGUCUUCAGAGAUCAAAGCUGGCUUUCCAGCAUACUUUCAGCUAUGACACAGUGGUGCAGACAACUGGCGAUUCCUGGCACAUACCUUAUGAUGAAGACCAGGUGCAGAGAUCUUCUUAUGAAGUGCCAACCAAAUGGCUGUGCCUCCAGCGGAAGACGAAGACAUCUGCUCCAUGCUGAAUUGGUACUGCACGUCUCCUGGCUGGUAGCAGAGCCCUUAUAUCCAUGCUAACUUCAGGCGUGACCUCUGUCUUGCAAAUAAAAAGAUCUUAGUAGCA